CGAUGGCAGUCUUCCGGACGGCACUCCAUGGACGGUUCGUUCAGGGCCUCCCCUUCUCCUUGGGGUCUUUACGAUUCGCCAGCUCCUCGUUUAAGGCAGCUGAUCUUACCAUCGAACACAACACGGCACCCAAACCCAAGCCGGACCCUUCCUCCUUGGUGUUCGGCAAACAGUUCUCCGACCACAUGUUGACCAUCUGCUGGUCGGAGAAAGGCGGGUGGGAGGCCCCUCAGAUAAAGCCCUUCCAGAACCUGUCACUGCACCCCGCCUCGUCCGCCCUGCAUUACUCCAUAGAGCUGUUCGAAGGCAUGAAGGCGUUUCGUGGAGUGGAUGACAAAAUCCGUCUGUUCAGACCCAUGUUGAACAUGGAGAGGAUGCAUCGCAGUACAGAGAGGAGCUGCCUUCCGUUGUUUGACAAAGGAGAAAUGCUGGAGUGCAUUAAGAAGCUGGUUGAGGUGGAUCAGGAGUGGGUUCCCUACUCCCAGGACGCCAGCCUCUACAUCAGACCCACCUUCAUAGGAAUUGAGCCCUCCUUGGGGGUGUCUCGGGCAGGACAUGCAAUGAUCUUUGUCAUUGUUGGCCCUGUGGGACCUUACUUCACCACAGGAUCAUUCAACCCUGUUUCCCUGAUGGCAGACCCAGCCUUUGUCAGGGCCUCCAGAGGAGGUGUGGGGGCCUACAAGAUGGGAGGUAACUACGGGCCUACGAUAGCAGUGCAGAACGAGGCGCUGAAGAAGGGCUGCCAGCAGGUCCUGUGGUUGUACGGCGAGCAAGAGGAGAUCACCGAGGUCGGCACCAUGAACCUCUUCAUGUACUGGACCACCGAGAACGGAGAGAGGGAGUUGGUGACGCCUCCUCUGGAUGGGAUCAUCCUGCCCGGUGUCACCAGGCAGUCCCUGCUGGACUUGGCCAGAUCAUGGGGUGAGUUUAAAGUGACGGAGCGCAAGGUGGUGAUGGAGGAGCUGAUGGGAGCUCUGGACUCGGGCCGGGUUCUGGAGGUGUUUGGAGCCGGGACGGCCUGCGUCGUCUGUCCCGUCAGCAGUCUGCUCUACCGAGGGAAGACUUAUGAUAUCCCUACCAUGCAGAACGGACCAGACCUGGCCAAGAGGUUCCACAAAGAGCUGACUGACAUUCAGUAUGGACGCAAACGGAGCGAAUGGGCUGCACUAGUGGCUUAACUGUCCACUCACACGUGUCAGCGGCCUCAAGAAUAGAAGAAUAGUCCCAUAACUCUUAUCAGCAGCCCCCCCUGGAACUCACUAAUGCACUCUUAUUAUUGGUUGGCCUGAGGGGGCGGGCUGAACCGCCCCGUCACUCAUCUCGGGUAACUUUUGAUAACUGUUUGUCCAGUUUCUGCAUGGACCCUCAAAGGAAAAGGCUCAGCCUUUUGAAUUCAAUGGCUUGGAUUCAAAAGCAACAUUAAUGACAACAUGCAAUAUCUGGUUGUCGGUCUCGCAACCUGAACCCACGUCAGGUAAACCAUUCUGCUAGUCAGCAAUAGGAGUUUGAAGCAGCUCUCUAACAGGGUUAGAAACGAAUAUGAACACACAAGCCAACAACUUUCAUCCCCAUAAGGUGCUGGUCAAAGACAUGAGAUCAGCUUCUCCAACGACAAUCUAAAGAUUCUCUCUUUCGUGACGGGCGUAGCGACCCCCAUAAUAUAGUCAGUGUUUCAAUUUAAAUCUAAUUGACCGUGUUUCAUAAAACGAUAGCUGACUAGCUAGAUUGUUGUGUUUCGUAAAAGGCUACGGUCUAUUGAAAAGUGCAUUAUUUUAGCGUCGUGCGUUUAUUAGUCACCGUGUUCAACGUAUAGCAAGCAGCUCAUUUCAUGCGUAGGAGAAAGCUCCUCGUAGUUAACAUAGUAAACACUUCGUCAUCUGAACAACAAGGUCACCUUGACAGUCACCCAUUCGUCAACUUGUUUUAAUGGCGGGAGCUGAAAUAUUUGCAAUAAAAAAAAUGCUUCUGCUUGGUAAUCACGGUUAAUACGCCUGCCUGUGCCCCUGAGCAAGGCAGUGGAAAGAAGAACCGGAGUUGGUCCCUGGGCGCUGCAGCGGCCCACUGCUCCUCUACAACAGGAUGGGCUAAAAUGCGGAGAACACGUGUCAUUGGAAUGUGUUCGCACCAAACGCGAGGCAGUUUUUUCGCACGCUUGAUAGGACGCAUACAGCAUACGGUCAGUGCGAGGACGCGAAGCGACGCCAGUUCGCGCCAGCGCGACGCGAAUGGCGCGAAUAACGCGUUAUCGUUCGCGCCAUUCGCGCAAGUCGAAAAUAAAAUCCGCGUGUCGCGAAAGCCUAUCGGCGUUUAGAUUCUCCUGACGUCACCGGCGUCCCGUCGAGUCAGGAAAUGGAGGGCAAGCGGGUCGUCGCGGUUUCGCGUACUCGAUCCUGCGGCCAAGCUCGCGCACGUAAAGCGAGGCCGAAAAUUCGCCGCGCGUUUGGUGGGCACACAACGUAAGAAUACAGCGUCAAACAAAGGGGCUUUCUUCUGAUGUAGGAGGUCAGCCAGUAAGCUAGCAGCUAGCUAGCUAGCUAGCUGGCUUGUGCAGUUAGCUAGCUAGCCAGCUAGCUGCACAAACCGUUACUCUCAGUCUCACUUCAGGUGCAUUUCUCAGCAGGAACAACCCGGGAUGUUUUCUCAGUUAAACGCAUCGGUACCCUAUCACAUGUGAAAUAACAAGUUCUCAUAGGAACGUAACGGGAAAUUAAUGGUAGGAAGCCUGACAGACAUCAUGGCAAAUGCUUGGCUGCCGUCACACACAGCCUACAUGUUGAUCUGGAAGGGCCGUUUAGAGGUCGAACGUGUUCCUUUGGUUUUUAAAGGAGCCACAUCAUUCAGAUUCUACAGGUGCUUUUUAGGUUGUUUUUUAACACCUCUGUACGUUUCCACUGAUCUCGGUUAUGGAAGAUCUGUAUGUGGCUAGGGUCAUUUUAGAGGAAGAGGGCUUUUAUGUGGCUUUAUUUUAUUGAUGAUUUAUUGUAAAAGGGUGCAAUCAAGGACAAAAUCCUGUCACACGACUGAGAUUUAAAGGAGGAGCCGUCAAGGUGACUUUAAGCACGCACAGACGGGGUGAUGCUACACUUCAGCGCACGUGCUAGGCUAACGUAGGCUAACGUAGAUGUCCUGGCAGCGACUCCUGCAUUGGACGUGUGCGUGUGCGCGUGUGUGUGUGUGUGUGAUGAACAUGUAAGCAGUGUGUUGUCACAGGAACUUGUGGGUUUGUUUUUGUGUUGUUUUAAAUUAGAUGUCUGUAGGGGUUUUUUAAUUUUUUUCCCAGUUUGUUGUUAUGGAUCAACACCUGUAGCAUCUUCCAAGGGUCUUGGCCCGUCUCGGCAUCCGUUACACAUAGAGAGGGGCUGUCGUCUCUCCCUCCGUUGUUGGUUUUCCUCUUCGAAUGUAUUUUUACUUUCUGCACACACACGGCUGACACGCUGCACAUCUUUCCUUCUCUUCUGUCUAAGUGCCUGAUCUCGGUGUGUCGUUGUGUCCUGUGGGUUUUUCCAGUUGUUGUUUUGCUUUUUGAAUAACACCAACCUGCACUAUGGGGUUAUUGCUAGAUACUUUCAGUUACGUGUCAUUAGUUAAGUUUCUCUUUUUUUCUGUUUGUGGGACGUUGUUAACUUUUAUUAUGCUGUUACCUUUAUGUGACUGUUUUUACAAUAAACCUGAUCUGUGGUCAGUGACCGCUGCCGUCUUUCUGUUCCCUUCAAACUGUGACAAUAAUAA